AUGGAACUCGCCAUGGAAAGACGCUUCCUCGCUCUCUCAAUUUUAUUCGUCUUGAUCAGUCGAUCUGAUUGUUCGGGUAGAGUCAAACGAAUCGUGGGGGGAAUUUAUGCCGCUAAACCCCCCGAGGAUGAUCCAGUGGUUUUCGUGAAUCGCGACGAUCGUAACGCAAGAGUUUACGGAUCUCGUGAUCCCGGCGCAGGAUUUUACGUCUUCAGAGGGAUUAGAUUUGGCGAACCGCCUGUUGGUCGCAGUAGAUUUCAGAGAGCUAGAGCUGUGCAUUUGGACGGUGAAUACAACGCGACAAUUUGGGGUCCACCGUGCCCCCAACUUCACAAAGGAAAUGUCAUUGGCUCCGAGGAUUGCCUAUUCCUGAACGUUUUCACACCGGCACUUCCGGAUUCUGGGGACGGCUACCCGGUCCUAAUAUGGAUCCACGGGGGAGGGUUUCGGAUUGGCGCAGCCUGCCAAUAUGAGAUGAGGAAUUUAAUAAAAAAACACAUGGUCGUUAUUUCCAUUCAGUACAGACUCGGGUCCCUAGGGUUUUUGAGUACCGGGACUCGAGAUCUACCCGGGAAUAACGGAAUGUUUGACAUGACUCUGGCCGUCAACUGGGUGAAGAAAUACAUCGGAUAUUUCGGGGGAAAUCCGGACAGAAUUGUUGCCUUUGGUCAAGGCACUGGGGCCAGCUCCGCCCUGAUGCUUUCUCUGUCGACGUUGACUAAGAAUCACUUCAGUGGACUGAUCGCGAUGUCAGGAACUAUCCUAUCGAAUUUCGUAUUCGAUAGAGAUCCCAUGCAAACGACAAAGUUCAUCGCGUUUUCCCACGGAUGUCCUACUGAUGAUGUAACUGCGAUGGUGCGGUGUCUCCAGGAAUUACCGGUGGAGAAAUUAAUUUCAGUGGAUUCGAAAUUAUCGCAUAUUCGGAUGGUGGCUGAUGGCUUUAUUUCCGAAAUAUCCGCGCUUUUGGGCGCCGGGCCUGUGGUAGAAGGAAGGGACGAUGAAAGGGGUCUCCCGAAUUUCAUGACUGACAAGCCCGAAAACAUCUUAAAUCUCGGAAACUUCCCAAAAAUUCCUCUUCUCACUGGAGUUGUCAAGGACGAAACUGGAGAUUCCAUCUCCGGUGGCUACAGCAACGAAAUACAGAAUAAACUAAAGACAAUCCCAGACUUUCUGAAUAAAGAAUUACUGCCUUCUCUCCAGAACACAAUUCCGUUUUUCGGUAAUAGUUCGCGGCAGUUUAUUCCCAGCGCUUUCAGUGAAUACCUAAAGAUUCCUGCGGGUGGGAAAUUAAAAAAGAGCUUGAAGAAAGUAGCCGAGGCAGUGACCGACGCAAUCUUCAACGCCCCCGCCCUUAUGACCCUCAAUUACUGGAGCAAAAAGGCGAAUGCUUAUUUCUACAGUUUCGAUUACAGCACUAAACACUCUCAUGGGAAGAACUUCCUGGCUGGGCUGCCCCUGGUGGACGCCAAGGACCCCUCGCUGGGGUCGACAGGCCACGGAGACGAUCUGGGAUUCAUUUUCGGGCAUAAUGACAUCUUCGGGGACCAACUACCACCAGUGCCAUUCUCAAAGGAAGACGAGGGGGUCACGGAUAUCUUCACAGAUCUCAUUUCACAAUUCGCUAGAACGGGAAAACCUGGAGGGGAUGAGGCAAGCGGAGGCAUUCCGUCAUUCUCCAGCGAAGAUAACUCCUACAUUAGCAUAACUGAUAAGAUAAAACCCAUGAAGAACUUUAGAUUUUGCGAAAUGAGUUUAUGGACUGGGGCUGUCGAGAAACUAGUGUCACCCAGUUGUGACGUCCUCAGGGUCACGUCUGAAACUGUCGAGAGACUUGGGAAGGAGACGAAGAAAAUUGUUGAUUUAGUGCCUCCUAUCGAUACCAUAAAAAAACCGAUUGAUGGGCUGGGAAAUGUGGGAGGGAAAGUCAUUCCUGGAGGAAUUCCAACUGUGUCUCUUCCGAAAAUUCCCACGUUUGGCCUCUUUUAGAUGAAAACAUAGCAAUUUUUUUAUUCACGAGAACUUGUGAUU